AUGAGUCUUUUUCAGCGAAUUAUCGCUGAAGGGGACCUUAUUGAUUAUAAGUUUAAUAAAGACAAUAUCCAAACUGUCGUUAGUGAGCUUUUAAAUAUGAUAGAAAAGCAACAAGAAACGAUAAAUAACAUUAACGACAGAUUAGAGACUUAUGCAACAAAAACAGCAACAGAAUAUUUAUCAGAACAGAUAUCAAAUUGCCUUAAAGAGCAAUCUAAGUUCAUGGAAGACAUAAAUAAAAAAGUUGAUGAUGAAUCAAAACAAUUAAACGAAAAUAUGAAACAAUUAAGAGAUUGGACAGAAGAAUCCAACAGUUCUACACUUGUCGACGUCAGGAGAUACCUUUCAACUGAACUAGAAGACUUAAUAAAUCAACAACAACAGCAACAACCGAAAGAACAAGAAAAACCACAGCAGCCUACAAAAAUCAUCGAAAGACAAGUUGGAAAUGACGAUAGUGCAAGAAUCAAUCAUCAAAUAUCUCAACUUCAGAUCAAAAUUGAUAAUCUCGAAAGUCUUACAAGUAAUCUUCCUUCUCAGGACUCUGUGAGGCGUCAAAUUGAAAGCGUAUCGAACUACUCAGAAGAUAUCAUGGAUCACAACAUCAGAUUAAACAAUUUAGAAGGAAAUAUUCCCCAAUUAAACGAUAUUAUUAAAUCUCAUUCCAAAUACAUAGAAAAUCAUUCAGGAGUUCCAACACCAAGACUAGUAGAAGAACCUAAGCCUACUCAAACAUCCGCAGCUACAAAUCCUGAACCAAAUACUCCAAUAAAAUUAAGAAUCGACAGUACUAACAGAAGUUUCAUUACUACACCUUCUAUGAGUAUUUUCUCGAUAUCUGCAAUGUCAACACCUAAGAAAGAACCUCUACAACCUGGAAUGCAAACUCCAAUUGUAAUUGGCGGCGAUAACUCUGAAAUAGAAAGAGUUGUUCGCAGACAAAAUGAUACAGUAUCAAGUAUCAGACUAGUUGCUGAUGGAUUGGUCGACAGAUUCAAUCAAUUUGAGAACAAAUACAAUCAAUUUGUUGCACAGAUCGGUAUGAAGAAUUUAGAGUACUCACAAACAUUGGAUCAGAUCCAAGCCCAACUUGGAAGAGUUCCUGAGAUGAUUUCUAAAGAUCCUGCGUUUAAUAAAUUAUUUGAUCCUUAUAAAACAAAGAUACAGACCCUAAAUGAACGUGUAACUUCUCUUGAAACCAAACACGCACCUGUUCAUUCAGCUCUUUACGAAAUGCUGGCGAAAGAUCCUCCAUCUCAACCACAAACGCCUCCAGAGCCAACAGAAGCGGAUGUUCAAAUGGACAACUCGAUAAAGAGCGGAAAUGCAACAAGUUUCAGAGAAAAAACGUUCUCAACUUCGACAAAUCACAAAGUCAUCGAUAUUGAAAGGACAAGUCCGAAAUUGGAGAUCUCUGAUGAAGAUAAACCUGUUCAAUUCGCUCCACAUACCAUAGAUAUACCAAAACAAAGCAAAGAAACAACCCAAAUUAAAAUUAUUCACAAAUCUGACAGAAAAAGCGCUGAAUUGCUUGCUGCUUUACAGAAUGCACAAGCACAACCAUCAAUAUCUCAAGAUGAGAUCCAAGAACGCGUAGAUGCUGCAAUUAGAAAUACUUUGACUGGAUUUAUCGACAGAGUGAAGAAAACAGUGGCCGAACAGAUCGAAGAAGGAAUUAAACCAAUCCACAAAGUCCAAGCAAUGAUAGAAACUAAGAUUGACCGAGAUUUUGUCGAAAGAAUAUUUAAUAAGUUCAGAGUAUUGAUUGGAGAGCUUAAAGAUAGAGUUGAUAAUUUCCAGAUGAACUUCCAGAACUGGAUAACCCGCGAAGAACUUGAAGAAGUCUUAAAUCGCUUCUCAACAACUCUCCAAGAGGUUAAAGACACUGCUGGAACAAGCAGCAAGUACAAAUGCUUACUUUGCGGAAGGCCAAGGACACAUCUUGCAGGAAUGAUCGUUUCUUCGCCAAGAGAUGAAGAUGACGAAAAUUCUAGUACUGGAUCAGAGAAAGAAGCGGAAACUCCUAAACGCGCUUCAACUGCUAAGUCUAAAUCAAGACUUCCUAAAGCUCCAAAUAGCAUCAGAAGACCAGUUUCUCACGCAAUGCCUCGUGAUAUCGUUCAAUUAUUCACAGGCAGAGAAAAGAAUUAG